GAGAGAGAGUGAAGAGGAGAGUUGAUAGCGAGAGACGAACACAAGAGAAGAGUACGCCGCUCCUGUCACACACUCCACCAGAGACCCCAAAAAACAGCUGAAGACUCUCUGGAGAUAACCGGACGCCUCUGGACAGGUCACCCCGGCGACGCGCGGACCUGCAUGGACGCACUGACCAGGCACAGCAGCAGCGGUCAGGGGGAGCCAGAGGGACAGAGCCCGCAGCAGCAGCAGCAGCAGCAGAGGAGGGGUGGUGGUCACGCGCUCACCCGUCGUCCACCCACAGGGCCACUGCAGAGGGCAGUCGUCGCGCUGGAGCUCGCGCCAGGGGGGAGCCUGGACACACGCCCUCCUCCCCUCUCUUCCGUCGGACCGGACCGCAUGAGGGAGAACGGCGCCAUGGCCGAGUGGUGGUAUCUGUGCGUGUGGAGCGAACCAAGAACUCCAAAGUUAUGCCCGCUAAUAUCCGCCCUGAAUCGCGCGGCUUAAAAAAGGAUUUGACGGGGGAGACGGCCGGCUUUUCUCUUCUCUUUUUGUUUGCCUCGUCGCUGCUUUCCGACUCGCGUCAGUCAGUCACUCCGUUAGUCAGUCACUCAGUCAGCCUCAAGUCAGUGCUGAUUCAUUCAUUCAUUUGUUCAUUUAUUCAUUUAUUCAUAACAUUCAUUCAUUCAUUCCAAAAAAGUGAGUUCAUCCAGAGGUGUGUGUGAGCUGAAUGCCGUCAGCUCCCCAGUUGUCCAGGCUUUGCUGCACCGGAUUUUUCACCUUCCCCUGGAGGAACUCUCCCAGUAUGAACCAGACGCCCAACAUCACCGUUGUCGCGGGUGGAGGUGCUGGUGGUAGUGGUGGUGCUGGUGGUGGUGGUAGUGGUAGUGCCAGUGGCGGCGGCGGUGGUGGCGGUGGCGCGUGGAUGACCUCUCUCCUGGGCGCCACGCUACUGAGCAUGUGCGUGCUGGGCAUGGCGGGCAACAUCUACACGCUGCUGGUGAUGCGCUCGGCCGCGCUGCGCCGCGCCGGCUCCAUGUACGUCUUCAUCCUCAACCUGGCGCUGGCCGACCUGCUCUACCUGGGCACCAUCCCGUUCGUGGUGUGCACCUACUUCGGCCACAACUGGUUCUUCGGCGAGACGGGCUGCCGCCUGCUCCUGAGCCUGGACCUGCUGACCAUGCACGCCAGCGUCUUCGUGCUGGUGGCCAUGAGCCUGGAGCGCUACCGGGCGGUGGCCGCGCCCUUCCGCGCCCGUCGCUCGGCGGCGGCCGCCCCGCGCGCCCACUGGCUGGCGGCGCUGGGCAUCUGGCUGCUGGCGCUGGCGCUGACGCUGCCCAUGAUGGUGAUGAUCCGGCUGCGCGAGGGGCGCCCCAGCCAGGCCGGCCUGGUCAAGCGCAUCUGCUUCCCCACGUGGUCGCCCGAGGCCUUCCGCGCCUACCUGACCGUGCUGUUCUUCACCAGCAUGCUGGUGCCCGGCCUGGUGAUGGUGGCGCUGUACGCCGGGCUGGCGCGACGCUACUGGGCGGCGCAGGCCAACUUGGCCAAGGGAAGCGGUGGCGGGGGUCGAGAUCGCUCGGUGGCGUCGUCGUCGUCGCGGAAGCGGCGGCGCAGCCUCAAGCACAAGGUGGUGGCCAUGAUCUUCAGCAUCGUGGUGGCCUACUGGGCGUGCUUCCUGCCCUUCUGGGGCUGGCAGCUGGCCAAGCUCUUCUCGCCCGACGCGCUGCGCGUGCUCUCGCCCGCCGCCCACACCUACGUCAACUUCUUCGUCACGUGCCUCACGUACGGCAACAGCUGCGUCAACCCGCUGCUCUACACGCUGCUCACGCGCAACUACAAGGACUACCUGGCGCAGCGCAGCCAGGCCACCGCCUCCAGCCGGACAGAGGCCGCCUCGGCCGUCCCCGCCGCCAUCGGGGCCCCCGCCACCGCCGACACCCAGGAUUUGUAACCGUAAAAAGUCGCUUCGUGGGUUCGUCGUAAUCGCCGGAUGAGAGUAACGGGACUUUGAACACCUCGGUUUUUCUGCUGAGAACCUCAAAGGAUGUUUCUCCGAUGGGAUUUUGGUUGUUCCCUCUUAAAGACAAGUGGUUGGGGGCACCCUCGUUGAGUGAAUAUAUUCACCUGACCCCAUUUUAGUGGAUAGCGGUCUUGUCUCUUCAGAAUGGACAGGUGUUGUUGGAGUGUUUGAAGGUCACCUGAGACAUCUGAUCCAAGUGUAACCGCUUUACCGAGUACACCAGCAUGGGUUUUGUGUCUGUGUAUCUGGAAGAUAAUGUUACUGAAAUGAUAAUGAAUGAUAUGAUAUGAUAAUGAAUGAUAUGAGAUGAUAAUGAUAAUGAAUUGAAAAAAGCUCCACUGAGGGGAAAGUGUAGAGACCAGCAGAUCACUGAGUUGUGAUCCAUGUUGACAUGCAAUUCUACCGAACAAAGUGCUUACUUUUGAACUAUAUGUUAAUUUACUUUUUCAUUUACUGUAAUUGUUACACGCAUAGUGCCUCGUCAUUGUUUUGCACAUUGAGAUAUAUGGCAGUUAGUUUUUUGAGUUUAAUGAUUCCUUCUACUAUCGUCAUAGUAAACGUGUAAAUCACAA